CCUCAACGAAGAGGUUCCUGAACGAAAUCCGCUCAGCAGCACUCCGCAAUCAACGUCCACCGUGACACUCUCACAGGAAUACCGACGGGAGCUCGUGGACGAAGUAGUCAGGGCUGUUCUUGCCGCUACACAGCAAACGGCCAUCUCGCAAUCGCCUGCAGCAACGACAAGCCAACCAGCAUUGCCACUGCAGUCAACAGCCCAGGACACACCAGGUACGUCCAAUGUGUUAGUACCAAACUUUGUAAACACGUUCUCGCUCGCGAGCGUAAAUACAACUAGUACCGCUAGCAUAGUGACUUUGCCUAUCCCGCAAGCUCGUUCGCUAGGAGCUGUUGGCGGUCCUCCCAGCUCGRCGACUACGGUUUUAUCUGGCCCCUCACGUCGUCGAAGACCUUCGCAACGCCAGCAGUUCUUCAGCCCGUUAUUAUUGGACCUGGUGCUUCUCCGGUCCCGGCCAAAUUAGUCACGCAUAUCGUUAGCGGGAAGUUCCUUAAUUUAGGCGAGCUAAUCCCGUCCAAUUUGGUCGAGGCGGCAACCGAGCCACAAGUGUUCCUCGACGGCCAUAUUGUUUUGACUGCUGGGCCUAAGCGUAAUAAACGCAAGAUCGAGGACAUAGUUACAUGGAUUGAGACAUUCAGUAGCUACGCCCUGGUUAUGUCUGAGUACUUCCCCCACCGCUGGAAGGAUCUAUCGCUUUAUAAGCUGCUCAUCAUACGCACGUACAGGCAGUUCGGCGGUAAAGCUUGGCUGAAUUAUGAUAAGGCCUUUCGGGAGCACGCGGCCGCGACUAGCCUUACCAACUGGGCUAACAUCGACACGCAGUUGUAUAGCUUCUACACGGCUGGUCCAGCUCAUCGUGCUAGCUUUUCCCACAAUGGCGAUGAGGAGCAACCAAGGGGUUCAAACAGCAGUGGUGUCAUCUGUCGUUCAUGGAACAAAGGGCAAUGUUCCUCGCGCUUCUCCUUGUGCCGUUUUGCCCACAAAUGCUCUUCGUGUGCUGGUCGUCACCGCCUCGUAGAGUGCCCGGAAUUUUUCAAGGAAAAAACUGAGACGGAGCGAAAGCGACGAACUCCGUCUCCCGAGCUUUCAGCAGAUAAAUUGAAAACUAAAAGACGCUAGCUUUCAAAAAGUUUUUUAUAUCAUGCUUUGUUAGUCAU